AUGGUCAAGCUUUCCUUACCUCUUCGGGAUUACGACGAUGCCGAUGAGCACAACAAAGGGCCACACUGCGAUCCUUCUCAAUCGAUCUACAAUAGGAAACAUUGUGUCCAGAACUUUUUGUUUUGCUCCGAUGACAACCCCUGCCCCUCGAACAUUCCUUGUAUCGACCAAGUCUGCCAGUGUCUCCCAAACAAACACCAAUACAUCACCCUGACACCUCUUCCCCACCGCAUGUAUACCGUCGGCUGUAAUUUUGAUAGGGCACGCGAGGCAGAGACGUGUCGAGAGUACGAGUAUGGGGUCGAUCAAACAUGCGUCCUGAACUAUUGCUCCAAGGACGUACUUUGCUAUGCUGGAACAUGCGACACCAAGUACCAUGUCUGUGUCAACAUGACCUCGACUCGGGUGCCUCUCCCUCCCAGCAUCAACCAGAUCAUCGUCUUGGACGAUACUCCAUUUGGCCUGCAGAAGGAGGACGGCCCUCCUCCUUUGUUGUACAUCAUUGCCGCUGCUGGCGGUGUGACUGGCCUGGCCAUCCUUGGUUGCUUGAUCCGGUCGAUUAUUCAGUCGGUCCAGGGCUCUGUCGCCUGGGCGUCUAGGAACCACAGGUUACCCUCAGAGGGAAGCGAGCAUUAUGACGACAAGGACCAGUACAGUCAUUCUAUCACCGACACCAAGUAUGUAGCCGAUCCAGAAGCAAUCUCCGGCGUGACGGUCGCCCAGGUCCCAGCAAGGUUUACCUCUGCGCACUGUCUCCUGUCGACCUAUUCCUUGGAUUAUGCGACGCCGCUGCAUUCCCCCCAGGUUGCGACAUUUGCUCAGGGUCUGAAUGCAGGACCUCAGUCGCAGUCCCAGGCCAGUCUCGCACAUCUGAACGGAGAAUCGUCGGCGGCUAUUGAGUUGGAGACUCGGUCCUUCUUGAACAAUCCACGGGAACCCACUACCACCACCCUCCCUAUCGAUUCUUCGAGCAAGCUCUCAAACGAGGCUCAGAUGUUGGGUCAGGCGGAAGAACUUUCCAUGCUUGCAGGCGAGCAAGGAACCAUUACCAGGCUAGUGACCGUUUCCCCCUGCAAUGUCUCCGACAGCUCUGAGCUCCAAAAGAGUCGAUCCCUGCAUGUCCCCGGAUCCGAGGCUCUGCCUUCACUUCCACAGUUACCUGCCGUUGCCACGAUGAAGGGAUCUCGUUCGCCAGCUGUCGCCAUCACUACACUUUCCAAUGAUGUCUCUCCAUCGCCAUCCUUGUCCUCACUAAAGUCGCCAAGGUCGCCAAGGUCGCCAAAGUCUCCCUAA